GAUUCAACCUACAAUGGCUGCCACGACCAAUGGUCGUGUUAUCAAUUUUGUUCCUAGAAGUUUUAUUUGUCACUUCUGGCUUAAUUAUAAUCUUUUUUAGAAUAUUUUUAAAUUGAGGAUAACAAAACUAUAGCAGCUUUACUUCAAUGUUCUAAACCGACUUUUCUACAGGUAUGUUUCAUGGUUUAAUAUCGACUUUAACAGGAAUGUCUUGCUACUUUCAUGCAGCAGAUAGGGGAACUCAGUUGAAUUAAAAUGACAAAUUUCGAUAAUUCCGAUGUCGAUAUUGUUUCAAAAUAUUUGCCACUCCGUCAUCACUCACAGAAACCAGUUCUUAAAUAUAACACUGGAAUCUCAAAUAAUCAAAUUCACAUUAACCAUACUGGCAUUCCAUUGUUCAGCCCACGUCAACAAACAACAAAUUCCUCUGUCUCUGUAAGUACUGGAAAUACAAAUGGACCAAAUAUUAAUGGCGCUUCUCGUUCUCUGCAAACGCCGGUAUCAUUUACUUUGACAACUUCGAGGUGUUCAACAGGAAGAUCUUCAAAGGGUCGAACAAAUCCAUAUUCUCGACCGAUUAGUGCACAUGAAGUUAAGGCUCCUCGAGUCAAUGACACAACGGUGAACAGCAAGAAAUCAUCGGCGACGCAAAAUCAGCCAAUAUACAUCUAUGCAAAUCGCCAAUCAAACAUAUUUCUUCAGCCAUCAAAUCCUAGUGACGAGCUGAAAAAACCCAUCACCAGACAUAAACCACAAAUUCCCCAAAGUUCAACAUCUAUGCCUAAUCCACCAAUGACUAUUGAUUCCAAAGUAGGAACAAACAGAGUUUUGUCCCCAAGACCAAGAAUUUCCGGUUCUGGUGAAAGUCAGAAGGAGAAUAUAGAGAAAACUACAACACUUUCACGUCCUUUACUGAAUAUGUCACCAUAUAAGUUAGCUGAGGAACAAACUGUUGCCUUUAGAAAGAAAAAAAGUGAUAAUAUAUCUAAACUUUCUGUUUGCCGGGCAAGACAAUCUCUCAUGACAUUAUUCGGUGAGAAUUCACAAGUAGCUAAAACGGCUGAAAAACUGCUAGAUGAAAUGCAGAAAUCUUCGUCUCCUCUACCGACUUCAAGUGUUGCAAGUAGUUUACAAUCGUCUUCAUCAUCUACAAUUCGUUAUAUAAACACUGUUGCACCAAUAAAGUCAGAUUCAACUGGGAAAAUAAUAACUAAACCCUCUCCACCUUCUAGUGUUAAACCGGGACUUACGUUAUCUACAAGAGUUAGGAAUUUGAAUUAUACACCAACUAAGCCCUAUAUUGAAGUAUCUGAACAAAGCGGGGUUUAUUUCGAAAGUCAGACAGAACAAAAUGACGAUUUGGUUCAAUCUAAAAAUUCUUUCUACAGAAAGGGCUCAAAGGCAGAAGAAAUUUUAAUAAAAAUGAAAGCUAGAAAUGAACAUUUAUCUUCAACUCCUUUAGUAAAAGAGGAAAAAGUCGAAGAAUCCAAAGCUGUUGAACACCAAAAUAUCAGAUCACAUGAAAAAAGAGACUACAAAAGGGAGGAGAUUCAAAUUGAAAAUAUAGAAAAAAAGAAGACAGAUCUAAAACAUGCAAACGAUGAAGAGUAUGAAGAUGAUAUUGGAGGUGAGGACGUCUUAGAUAAUAUCGACGACGAUUAUGAUUCUGGUGAAGAUGACAAUGGGUCCGAAAGUCCAGAAGAACUAUCCCAAGAAUCUACCUCCGUUCGAAUGAAACUGAAAAGUUCUACCAAGAAACUUUUGGGAUAUAAAAAUUCAAGACCUUCUACGGCCUCGUCAGAAAGUUCUGUUCAACAAGCUUUAACAUCAAGUUGCUUUCCUAAUGUACCACCAACCAUUAAUUUUGUAUCAGAUGGUGAUAAAGUUGAACUCCUCCCAUGGAAUAUAAGGAAACAUUUCAAAUGGAGAAUAUCAACAAUAACACCGAACGUUGUAAAGCACGCCAUAUUUAGAUCGAAUUUUCGUAUCACCAAAAAAGAGCAUGAUUGGCUCGGUUAUUGGGGAAAGCAUAUGAAAGCACCUGCCUUUAAAACCAUAAGGCCUUAUCAAAAAGUUAAUCACUUUCCUGGAAGUUUUCAGAUUGGAAGGAAAGAUCGAUUGUGGAGAAAUCUUAGCAAAUUACAAUCAACACAUGGAAAGAAGGAAUUCGGAUUCUUCCCUCAGACUUAUGUACUUCCAAUAGAUAUGAAACUCUUGAAACGUGCUUGGGAAGAAGGAGCUAGUAAACACAAAUGGAUAAUAAAACCUCCUGCUUCUGCAAGAGGAAUUGGAAUCAAGGUUGUACACAAGUGGAAUCAAAUUCCGAAAAAACGACCUGUUAUUGUCCAACGUUAUCUUUCGAAUCCUUUUCUGAUUAAUGAGUCAAAAUUUGAUCUUCGAGUAUAUGUCUAUGUUACUUGUUUCGAUCCCCUAAGAAUAUAUGUCUAUGAUGACGGACUGACUAGAUUUGCCUCUCGGAAAUACUCUCAAUCAGUAAAAAACCUUGCAGAUAAAUUUAUGCAUUUGACAAAUUAUUCUAUAAACAAAAGAAAUUCAGAGUACACUCCUAAUUCUGAUGAGAAUCAAUGCCAAGGACAUAAGUGGUCUUUAAAAGGCUUAUGGAGCUACUUAAAACGACGCGGUAUUCAAAUAACACCUAUUUGGGAAUCAAUAAAAGAUUUAGUAAUUAAAACAAUAAUAUCUUGCGAAUCGUGUGUUAAUAUCCUUACUAAAUCUAAUGUUAAAUCAAGGUUUUCGUGCCACGAACUUUUCGGCUUUGACGUCAUGCUUGACAAUAAUCUUAAACCUUGGAUUAUUGAGGUGAAUAUAUCUCCCUCUCUUCACUCAAAUUCUCAAUUGGACAUGAAUAUCAAAGGAGAAAUGAUAAAAGAUUUAUUAAAUUUAUCGGGUUUUCAACUCCCUGAUAGAUUAGACACAAGCGGCACUGAAAGUUCUAACUUACUGGACAGAGAUACUGGUAGCAAAUCAACUCACUUACCUAAAAAAAUUGUUCAAGAUAAGAGGUUAUGGAACUCAUCAUUAUCUUCAGAUGAGAAAGCAAAACAUGCAUACUAUUGCCAAAGAAUAAAUGAUGAAGUCAUUCAAGCCACUGUUCUAGAUAACUUAACUCCAGAUGAUGUUAGAAUCUUGAUUGACACUAUUGAUGAGAAUGAACGAAGAGGUAGUUUUGAGAGAGUUUUCCCCUCAGAAAAUACUGCAAAAUACCUAGCUUUCUUGGAUUCUCCGAGAUACUAUAAUCUGCUAUUAAAUUCCUGGAUAAGAAAAUAUGCCAAUAACUCUACUUCAGCUAUAUCUCAUUUAAUUUCUUUAGCUGAGGCGAAGUUUCACCUUCAAACAUCUGGAAGUGAUCAUCAAUGGGUACCUCCAACACGAGUAAUAGGCUCAACCAGAGUAACUAGGUAA